AUGGCCCGAUCGCCCUACUCGACGCUGGGCCUGAAGGAGGGCGCCACGCACCAGGAGAUCCGACGCGCCUACAAGCGGCUCGCGCUCGAAUGCCACCCGGAUAAGAAUCCCGGGAUCGACGAGGAGAGAUUCAGGGAGAUCUACCGGGCCCAAGCCUACCUCCUACAGAGAUUGAGCUUCGCGGAGACAGGGGCGACGCGGAACGUGAACGCGGCGGCGCACGAGCGAAAACUGAAGGAAGCGGCGGACGCCGCUUUCCGGAAUUACGACGCGACCAUGAGCCGGUUGACCGGACCCCGUCUCGUCGGCGAACGGGAUCUCAUCGACGGCGACAGGAAACUCCGGAAGGAAGCGAUGAAAACUCUGGAGAAGAUUGGAUCGCGGUGGCCGCGACUGCUCGACAGAUUCAAGGACGAGUUGGAAUGCCGCAUGCAAGCCCAGUACUCGCAAUACGCUCGAGAGAGGGCAGCCCGAGAAAAGGCGCUGGAAAAGGAUCUGGACCGCUUUGUGGCCUCGGUCGCCAGGCGAUACGACGCCCACCUGCGCCGAUCGCGGACGGGGAUCCCCGUCGCCGCGCAGGACCCGAGGACGAGACACGCCAGGUACCGCAAGGUCGCCCUCGCGGAAUUCCGACGGGCGGCGUCGCAGUGGCCCCACCUCUCGAGUCCGUUCCAAGAGAAACUGAAAAAGCUUCUCGAUCACGCGUUCGAGAAGAACGCGAGAGCCGUCAUUUUGGAAGCCGCCUUCAGGCGAUACGAGGACCGGAUGAGCCAAUUGACCGGGGGUCAUCUCAUCCUCCAGCAGAACCUCAUUGCCGUGGAGAAAAUGCUCCGGGAGGAAGCCCUCGACUCCCUCAAACAGAAGAGACCGACCUGGCUGGAACUUCCGAAGAAACUCACGGAUGACCUAGAAAAACGCAUGCAAACCCGGUGCGAGGAUUUCGUGCUCGAGCGGAACGCGAGGGAGCGAGCAGCGGAAGCGGAUCUGACGGCCGCAGUGGCCUCGGCCGUCGGCGAUUACGACGCCCGGAUGCGCCGAUCGAGCGAAGGAGCCCUCGUCACCGGACGGGAGCUGGCGGAGAGACACGAGGAACACCGCAAGCUGGCUCUAAAAGCUUUCUCGGAGGAAGAAUCGCGAUGGCCCUUCAUCUCGAAGCGAUUCAGGGACCAACUCGAAGAAGUAGCAACCACUUUACCUCCCCGCGAUUUCUCCCUCGUGCCGACGAUCGCUCCCUUCCUCUCCCGGCAGCGCUUGGAAGCCCGUUACGAGGUCCACGUGCGAGAAAGGGACGCGAGAGAGGACGCUGUGGACGCAAACCUCCGCGAGGCCGUGGUCGCUUCCGCCUGUCGAUACGACGCCCGGAUGACCCGACUGGGUCGGGGAGUCUGGAUCGGCGAGCGGGAAUUCGCGAAAAAUCAUAAAGAAUGCCGCGAGGAAGCGCAUGCAGCUUUCUUGGUGGACGAGUCACGAUGGUUGCAUCUCUCCAAGAAGUUCCAGAACGAGUUGGAUCGGCUCAUAGGCGAGGCGUACGACAGGCACAAGAGAAACCGAGACGCGAAAGGGAGAAGAGCGGAAGAAGAACUGACGGAAGCUCUCGCAUCUGCCGUCGAGCGGCACCGGGGCCAGCUGACGCCAUUCCUAGAAGGACCCUCGCUGAUCGGCUGGCAAGAGCUGAGGACCCGACACUUGUCGUGUUUCCAGCAAGCCCUUGGAGCCUUCUCGCAGGGAACUCGGGGGUAUCCCUACCUCUCCAGGAUAUACCGGACCAGGCUGAAGCAGAUCUUGCACAGCAAAUAUGAAGAAUACAAGGAAAGACGCUCAACUGCGGAGGAAGAAGCGGAGUUCCAGCUGGAAAAGGCCUGCAGCAGCGCCGCCGAGGAAUACAAGCGAAGAAGGACCCGCUUCUACGGAGCGGCGGCGGUGGACUGGAGGGCGCUGCUCGCGGAUCACCAGGACCAGGCGAGAGCGUCGCUGGACGCCUUCCGCUCUCUCGCCCGCGGUCAGGCUCCGUGGAUCGCGAAGGAAUACGAGGUCGUCUUGGCGAAGACCCUCGACACCUGGCACGAUGAACUGGAGGAUCGCAUGGCACGGGAGCGGACGAAGAGAAAGAAGAGAUCUCUCAUCACUCUCCCCGUGACGAUCCUCUUGGCAACAGCAGCCGCAAACGCACUAACGAAUGAGCUGAGACUGGAACGGUGGUCGAUGGAUGAAGUGGGAUAUGGAGAUGUCCGCUCCGGACAUCCCUGA